CAGGGCACUGCUAUAGAGCUCAGGCAAGAGGACCCCAUGUAACUAUGUGCACGGAUCCGCUUCUGGCCUGCAGCCACGAGUUGAUGGGAGGGUGGGCAACAGGCGAGGCUUUCCUGGUGGGGUCUCCCUCCCCACACUGGGACCUUGUUUUCACCAGUUGAUCCAGAUCUCUCAACCAGUUGUCCCAUCAGACACCAACCUGGAGAUCCGUGAGCACUGCAGGGAAGGGCUGCUUGGGUCAGAUGAAACCAAAAGGUAGGGAGCACCUACGGAGACUGUUGAACUGGGAGGAGUUUGAUGAAGUGAGAGACUCCCGCCGAAGCAUUCUGCUGGAUACCCUCUAUGAAAGCAUCAUUUUUGCCGUGGGCAAAGGCUUCCCGUGGGUGGAAGUGGCCGAGGUGGUCAAGUUCACAGAAGAGCUGCUCAAGGAAACCAAAGGCUGCUCCAUCACUGAGGCUGUGACAAUUCUGGGGAAUAAACUCCGAGAUUACCAGGGGCAGUUCAACACCACCCACCUGCUGGCCCUCUGUGACUACUUCCACAACACCUUCAUCCGCCACUACAAACUCUACCAGUAUGUCCUGGGCCAGGACCAGGAAGUCAACCUGACCGUCACACACCUGGAAGUGUGUGCGCCACCCCAGCCCCUCCCUCUGGCCGAGGGCAUGGACAGAGAUAUCUGGCAGCUAGAGCAGCAGGUGGCAGAGCUCAGUACGGCAGAGGUGCAGAAACGCACCAAUAUGCUGCUCCUGAAGGAGGCACUGCACAUGGAACAGGAUCACAAGCUACAGAGAAAGUUCUCAGAGGUGCCUGGGCAGCCCAGCCGGGUUCUGAAGAGAGAGGAGUUGGAAAAUCUCAUCAGUGAGGCCAUUCACGUUCAGAUAGAAUGCCUGAAGGAGCUGCUGCAGUAUGAGAUACAGAUAACUUUUGAUAUUUUGGAUCUGAAACUACAGAAGAAGACUCUGAACCUCAAGGCUCCUAUCCCUUCCCCACUCUCGAUCACUGGCCAGCCAGGCCAAGAUGAAUCCUUUAAGCUCCACAAAGCAAAUAAAGGAAAGAAAGCAAAAGCAAAGAAGUAGAGAACCCCUGGUGCCCACUGACAGAAAACUCUGAUUGAGGACAAGCCGUUGGCAAUCAUGAAAGUAUUAUGUGAUGCAGUCAGCACCUAGUAGAUCAGAGAUGUCUAGUGAUUAAAAGAAACAAAUCAGUCUUCA